AUGAUUUUGCAUUUCCGGGGAGGAAGAUUGUUUUGUUUACAAACAAUCUUGCUGCCUGUGAGCUUGAGCAUACUGCUCAGGAUGGCUGUGUACAAUACAGCCAUCCUGAUCAGUGUGCUUACAGUGAAGAACACACCCCCGCCCCUAGUAAAACACUCCCAGCACACAGUUAACCCUUUGAUCGCCCCUCACAUUAACCCCUGACCAGUGCCAUCAGUACAGUGUCAGUGCUUUUUUUAGCACUGAUCACUGUAUUGGUGUCACUGGGGUGUCAAUGACACCAAGUCAGUUCCCCCCCAGUGUCAAUAUGUCCGCCGCAGUCCCGCUAAAA